GAAGGCAACUUUUCCGUCAAGCUGCGGAGUCCACCUUCGUAUUUCUAAAUGUCACUUUUGCAGCGCAGAUAACUACAUUGAUUAAUGUCACGAGUUUUUUUUUUUCUGAAACCCUUUUAAUCUGUGUGUAAUUUAUUUGUUUUAUAGUCCAUGUAAAUUGUUACAGAUCUUGUCGUGAUGAACGGGAGUUCGAACCCGCUGCUGGAUAAAGAAGAGCAUGUGUUAAAGUUGGGCGAGAGCUUUGAAAAGAGGCCCAAGUCUUCUUUUCAUACCAUCAGGUAUGAUUUUAAACCAGCAUCAAUUGACACAUCCUGUGAAGGAGAGCUGCAAGUAGGCAAAGGCGAUGAAGUGACGAUCACGUUACCACACAUUCCGGGUUCUACUCCACCAAUGACUGUGUUUAAAGGAAAUAAAAGGCCGUAUCAGAAAGACUGCGUCCUGAUCAUUAAUCAUGACACUGGAGAGUACGUACUAGAGAAGCUGAGCAGCAGCAUACAGGUUAAGAAAACAAGAGCUGAAGGCAGCAGUAGAAUCCAAGCCCGCAUGGAGCAGCAGCCGGUCCGGGCAACACAACCUCCACCACAGUUCAGGGCCCCCACCAAGCCGGGAGCUGGGACUAAAACGUCUCCAUCCAAAGACAACCCUUCCCCUGAGCCCCAGCUUGAUGACAUAAAACGAGAGCUUCGAGCAGAAGUGGAAAUUAUCGAGCAAAUGAGCAGCAGUGGGAGCAGCAGUUCCUCCGACUCUGGCAGCUCCUCGGGCAGUGAAGAUGACAGCUCCAGCAGUGAAGCAGAAGAAGAAACCCACCCGUCUCCCACCCAGCAACAGUACAGUGGCAGAAAUGUGAUUUCCAAUGGCAAUGACCGAGCUCAAGGCAACAACCAGCUCAUGAGCACGCUCCGUAAAGAUUUACAGUUGAGUGAAUCCGGUAGCGACAGUGACGACUGACUCCCCAGUGGAGGGCUAUGAAGGUAACAAGAUGGAUGAUGGGAAGAUUGUCACCGAUUUAUUUCUACAGGCAUUCGCUAUCAUGGGAAUGAUGACGUGUCAUGAUGUGUUCAAGUUUCUUUUACAUUUGCUGUGCUUUAGUAUUUUUUGUAUUAGGAGAAUAUUCAGAAAGUAAAGGCAAUUUAGAAUUUUAUUAAGUCAAGAGCAAAAAACUAACCAAUACAGUCAUCCCUCACCUAUCGCGGGGGUUACGUUCCAGAGCCCCCCGUGAUAGGUGAAAAUCUGCAAAGUAAAAACCAGAUGUUUAUAUGGUUAUUUUUAUAUUGUCACGCUUGGGUCACAGAUUUGCACAAAAACACAGGAGGUUGUAGAGAGACAGGAACUUUAUUCAAACACUGCAAACAAACAUUUGUCUCUUUUUCAAAAGUUUAAACGUGAUCCAUGACAAGACAGAGAUGAUAGUUCCGUCUCACAAUUAAAAGAAUGCAAACACUGUAUAUCUUCCUCUUCAAAGGAGUGCGCAUCAGGAGCAGAGAAUGUCAGCGAGAGAGAGAGAAAAGCAAACAAUCAAAAAUCGAUAGGUGCUGUCUGAGCUUUUAAGUAUGCGAAGCACCGUGCGGGAAGCAUAUCACUUGACAAAGCAGCUGCAAGGAAGGAGGCAAUGUGAAGGUAGUCUUUAAGCAUUUUUUUAGACGAGUGUCCGUAUCCUCUAGGGGUGCAAACAGCCCCCCUGCUCACACCCCCUCCGUCAGGAGCAGAGAAUGUCAGAGCAAGAGAGAGAAAAGCAAACAAUCAAAAAUCAAUAGGUCCUGUUUGGGCUUUUAAGUAUGCGAAGCACCGUGCGGGAAGCAUAUCGCGCAACAAAGCAGCCACAAGUAAGCCCAGCAAGGAAGGGAGCGAUGUGAAGGUAGUCUUUCAGCGUUUUUUGAGGAGCAUCCAUAUCCUCUAAGGGUGCAAACAGCCCCCCUGCUCACAAUAUAUUUGAGGAGUUUUAUUUAAUAUGUAAUACGUGCUCUGAUUGGGUAGCUUCUCAGCCAUCUGCCAAUAGCGUCCCUUGUAUGAAAUCAACUGGGCAAACCAACUGAGGAAGCAUGUACAAGAAAUUAAAAGACCCAUUGUCCACUGAAACCCAUGAACCAGCGAAAAAUCCACGAUAUAUAUUUAAACAAGUAAGCCUGCGAUUCGCUAGCGAAUCGGAAAUCCAAGAAUGGCAAUCAGUUUCUGUUCCGUCCAAUAUUUGGAUGGAUGACAUAUCAUGGAGGGUGGGUGCAUCUGGGGAAAUGUCAUUUAAUUAAAUAAGCAUAUUUGUACUAAAGCGGUUUCGUUUUGUGGAGAUGUGAUUCUGUUGCCUUUGCUGACACUGACUGCUGGCAGAGUGGAGCACAGCAAGUAUAGUUUACAGGUUGUGGUGUUUGUGUGCCAGCCACUGAGUCGGGGAAGCUGCUGGGUUUGAGUCUGUGACCGUUAUGUGAUCUAUAUUACUGGCAUAGUGGAUUAGAGCAAGUGUAGCGAACAGGUUGUGUUGUUGGGGCGCCACCUACUGACUCUGGGCAGCCUCUGCGUUUGACUCGGGGGCGUGCGCCUCGGUGGGAAGCCGCUGCGUGAUGAAAUAUCAUGGAGGGUAUAUGCGGUGGUGUGGGCAGUCGCGUCUGGGCGGCUGUACAACCUGGCAUGCAUGCUUUACCUCAGGUUUACUUCACAGGUCGUAGGCAUGGUAAAGUUUCCAUUUAAUUCAAUAACCCUAUUUGAACUAAAGCAGUUUCUUUGUGUGGGCGGCUUCGUUCAUUAAGUCUAGUUUACAGGUGGUGUUGUUUGGGUGCCACCCACUGACUCUGGGAAUCCGCUGCGUUUGACCCUUCAGGUUGUGUUGUUUGGGCGCCAUCUACUGACUAUGGGAAGCUGCCGCGUUUUGGGAAGCCGCUGCGUUUGACUCUGGGGCGGGCGCCACGGCGCAGUACGCACGCGCCUCGUUGGCAGUAUGCAUGCACCUCAGUGCGUCUGCCGUGCAUAAAUUAACUGUGGUUUAGUAAGAUAGAUAUGCGUACAUAUAAAAUCCGCUAUAGAGUGAAGCCGCAAAAGUCGAAGCGCGGUAUAGAGAGGGCUUACUGUACUUUAGUCCCAGUGCAUCUCAUGUCAUUCCAGAAACUUCUUGAUCUCUAAAUAUAUAAUUGGCUGACACCAUCAGCCAUGCCGACUUGAAAGUUUAGGAUUCUGUCAAGUUUUAUCUUCAAGUUUUACUAAUUUUUUAAAAAGAGUAAUCACUAAGGUUUGGGAUAUCGGAAUGAUUGCCUUGUUUAUUAGCGGUCUGUCAGAAAACAAAGCAAUGGAGGCCAACAAAGGUCUGUUGUAGUGGAGAGACGUCCAUCCUCUCCUGUAUUGGCCUGUCAGUGUGGGUUAUUAGUUAAAAACAAAAUAGCUAACGGGCAUCACUCUCAGUACAACCCUGGUAGCAUUCAUAAAGGACCUGUUACAUGACACAACUUUUCUAGUGAGUGUCAGUGGCAGACUAGCUAGUUGGGGUCGGUCGAUUUCACUUUCUGACGUCAGAGUGGGCUCUGUGUGUGCGUGACAGUUGAGAACCAAGGAGUGUUCAGGUGGAAGUCCAAUGUAUGCAGCGUAGUGACUUAGGAAGGGGCAAUGUGGGCAUUUUGGACCCUGCAAAUCGAAGUGAAGCUCGUCUCUCUGAUGCGUCACAUUUUCUGUACCCUGAUGAAACUGAAAAAAGAAGCAAAGGAUCGAGAUUGUGACAAAAUUCACCGUACCUCAUAAGCAUUUGUACAGCAUGUUAUUGGCUAUCAGGAAAAAGGGGCGAUCAUGUGACACUGUGAAAAUGUGUGACGGUGCUGGAAAGGGUCUCAUAAUCUGACCUCCUCAGGCGAUGAGAUCUGCCACCACAGUUUUCAAGUUUGACGAGAAGGGUCUCGCUGCAGCUUGCAACACCUAUGACAAUAGAUCAGGUGAGGCCCACAACGUUAGUCACAAAACACUUUGACUCAGAUAGCCCUCCUACAACCCGAGUGUAACGAGGCCCUAAUGCUAAUCAUAUUCUAAUGCGGCGGGUGUUACGUGACUGACGUUGAGGGCGUUUGGUGAUGUUGAGGCAUCACAUGACUGACGUCAUAGGUACUGUGCUCUGCAGUUACACUCUGUUGCAUUUGAAGUCCCCUCUGGCUAGAAGUCACAUAAUGUGCCACCAGCUUCACCUGACUGGGCAGUACGUCCACCGUGUUUAGAAACGAGAGUGCCGUCUGAUAGUGUGGUAGGCGUGAGUUAUCUUUUCAGCAGGUGCUGUCCUGGGACGGUAGGGGCUUCAUUUUACACACAAAUUGCCUUUACUUUUUGAUUUCCUUUGAAUAUUUAAUCCUGAUAUGUCUGUUAGGUGCUGAUAAGAUGCACUGAUGUUAUCAUAUAGUUGGUGAGGACGCAGACUGAACAAUAAAAACGCCUUGCUAGCGACGUUA